CUCGCAAAAUCAAGGACCUACCAAAAAAAGGCUGACCAUCGCCAACACGAUGACCAAAUCUUACCGCAUAUUCGCUCGUCACUGGAGACUGCUGCCUUUCCGGUUUGUCGUUAUAAGAGCAGCCGCGUAAGAGAUCCAGCAUAGCACAUAGCGCUUCGCGCAAUUGAAGUGUCACCGGCGGACCAGCAAGCAUGGAUACCACUGAUUUUUCGGCAAAGAAACGUGUGGUAUCAUACGCCGAUGCCCUCCGCGGUUACAAAGUGUUCUCGCCCAAGCCCAAGCCCAAGCCCGCCCAAGAUCAACAGGUCGAAGCAGCGCCGGUUCCUAAAGAAGAGCUCAGGUCAACUAAGAAUGCGCGGAAGACAUCCCAGAAGGAGGGGCUAACAGCAGCGCAGAAGAAGCGCUUCAAAGUAACGUCAGACGGUGUAAAACCAUCACAUCCGAACGGCACUGAGGCAACCCAAUGCAGACAAUCAGCCAAGAAUGCGCAACUCAAACCCCCGGAAUUUCGGUCUCGAGAACAUGCAGGACAACCAGCCACGCGUCAGGUCUCAUAUGCUGAUGCUGUCAAGGGCGCGUCAAUGCUGCUGCGAGUCAGGCACAAGAAGGCGGGGCCUAGCCACGAGAUGAACCCGGAGGCGCCUUGCUUCAAUGACAUAGCGACCGUAAGGCGAGUUCUAGAAGAAUCGGCCAGCGUCAAUGCUGGGAGUGCGCAAGAGGAUCAUGUGCAUGGCGGUAAUGCAAUCCGGGACUGUCGCUGGGUCAAGACAGAGGGAGUCGUUCGUCAUUCUGCAGCGAGCGAACUGACUCACAACACCCAAGACUCGGCCGUCUCUCGAUAUAAUGCAGCUGGACCGCGAAACAUGACGUUGGCCCCAGACACAGCCAGGACGCGUCGCGGGAACCCGUUAUGUGGUGGUGGUUCCGGUGCCCUACAUAACCAGCGCUCCCCUCGGUCCUCGACCUGGGAUCAUUCUUCUCCCGCAAUGCAAAAUUCACUUGCGGGUCUAUCACCUUCAGCUUCACGAAACGCUAGACAUUCAGCAUCGAGCACUUUCUCUACAACUUCAGACAAGAUCCUCACUACAACAUCUCGCCAUCAGAUCCUUCCUGCACGAUCAGACGAUCACUUGAUCAGAGAUACAACCCAGCAGGCAACGUCGUCCGAAGACAAGAUGAACAACCAACGCGAAAACCGAAUCCACGAACUGAUUGAAGCCCACGAUCGCGGCGAAAUAUCACUCUGGGAAGACGCGCGUGAGUGGGACGUCAUGGUUAUAUGCGGGUCACGCACCUGGCAACUUCACCGCGAGAUCCUUGCCCGCGAGUCGCAGUGGUUUGGGGACCGCCUUCCAGCUAUGCCUGUCGAUGCAGACCACGUCGUCUUCGACUGCGCCGGCCACUGCCCAGCUCAGCUUUGGCUGGUGCUUUAUUGGAUGUACAAUCACACCUUCUACAACUACCCAAUCUUCCUCCGAUCAGCAUUCAACGGCAGACAAAUCCAUUCUGCCGCCUUCAUGUACAUCUGCGGCGCGUCGGUGGCGUGCGAGAGCAUGAUGCUCACGGCAUUGGGCGCGCUCGGCGAGGCCGCGUUCCGCCUGCAACAGUUUUUCGAACAGACCCCCGACGAAACCAUCGAGGCUCUCGACCUGAGCGAGCUGUACUAUCCCAUCACGGCCGCGCUCGAGAUGACGUACGAGCAGCCCCUGACGUCCGAAAUGCUGUUUCCCCUCCGCCUCGCCAUGGCGGUCAUUGUCGAGGUGGUGAACGAGCCGCUCGGUCUGAACCCCGAAUUUGUGGAGCACGCGAAAGACGAGUGGGAGGGUGAAAGGUCGUCGUUUGCGGACGCCGCCGCUGCCGAUUUGGAACGCUUUGAGGAGAAUAGGAUCUUGGACGGCGCGCUGGCCCUUAUUCAGCAACGUGUGGAGGAGAGGGAGGGGGAGGAGGGAGAAUUGGAGGAUGAGGGCUUGGAGGACUUGGUGGAGGAGCGAAUGGAUGAGGAGGUGGACGACGGCGAAGGAGUGUGGGAGGACCACAACGAGCUGGGCGUGUUCGCUAGAGGCAUCGCUUUCUGGUCGGAGUCUGAGUCUUCCCGCCAUGGCUCUCGCUACCGGUCAGGCCCUCGCUCGGCCUCGGGGUCGUCCGGUUCUAAUUCCCGCUCUUCUUCGGGGUCAGCGCCGGGACCGAGAAACCGCAACCAGCAGGAAAUUGAGACGGAGGACGCUGAUGAGGAGGAAGAUUCAUUUGAUAUCUGGGAGGAUGCCGAGCCCGACGAGGAGGCCAUCCCUACACACUGGCUUCGCAACCGCGGGGUAUUGGACGACGACGACAUCGCCAUGUUUGGCCAGGUCAUGUCGCGCGAAGAGAGGUGGGAGGUACGUAAGGAGAACAACACCGGCCUUCGGCGCCCGAUCCGUCCCAGCGGCCCGCCCCCAAGAGGGUAUUUUGAUCGGCUCGUAAACUUUACCGACCACCCCAUCCCGGCACCUCCCGCGACCGCUCCCGCCCCACCGACCGUUCCCGUGCACCCCAACGCCGCCAACCUCGCCGCUGGCGCCGUCUCCGUCCGCUGGACUGCCCGAGUCAUCGAUCAUGUUGGCCUCCUUUCCGUGCGCCAAUUCCAUUGAGCGCCACGUUGCUCCCCUGAGAUUCAGAUCCUCUCAUCUGCUUGUCAGGGGUUCACGGCUUC